AUUUUAAUUUAAUUUAAUUUUACCGUAACGUACCAUCAUAUCUAUCUUUAUUGGCAUAUAUAAAUCUCUCACAGUCACACACAUGAACAAACACACCCAUUUGGUUUCAUCUCUUUCUCUCUCUCUCUCCAUAUUUUUUCUAUCUUCUUUCUCUCUCUCUCUCUAGAAUCCUCUGUGAGAACGCGCACAGCAAUGGCUGCUGAGGUUAGCUCUCUGAUUCGGGUGAUGGGUGGUGGCUACAAGGAGGAGCAGCAUCGGACGGUGGGGAAUGAAUCACACGGUGAGAAAUCAACGGCUCUGAUUACUCGGGACUUGCUUGGUGGGUCCUCCUCAAUUGAAUCCCAGGAAUUGGACCUCGAUUUGCAGGUUCCUAGUGGCUGGGAGAAGAGACUCGACCUUCAGUCAGGAAAAGUCUAUCUCCAAAAGUGCAACACCACAAUAGGCUCUCCACCAAUCUAUGACCACAACAAGCUCAAUGCAAAGCCAGCAGGGCCAAAACUCCAAGACUUAAACUUCCCAUCAUCAUCUACCUCCAAUGUGCUAUUGAACCUCUUUGAUGAAACAAGCUUGGACCUCAAAUUGGUCUCAUCCACACUCCCUUCAAGCAACAACUACCAAAGUGUGUGCACCCUUGACAAGGUCAAGUCAGCACUUGAGAGGGCAGAGAAAGAGCCUAUUGUUAGGAAAAGAACCUCAUUCUUGAAGUCACCUCUCUCGGCUUCAUCGCCGUCGUAUUCCUCCUCGUCGUCAUCGAUUAGGGAAACAAUUCAAGAAGAAGAAUGUGAAGAGAGGCUUAAUGUUUCAUCAUCCCCUUUGGCUGCAGGGUGCCCUGGUUGCUUAUCAUAUGUAAUGAUCAUGAAGAACAACCCCAAGUGUCCUAGGUGUAACUCUCUUGUUCCUAUUCCUUCCAUGAAGAAACCUAGAAUUGACCUCAAUAUAUCAAUUUAAGUGAGGUAAUUGAUGAAAAUUGUCUCCAUUUUCAAUAUAAUUUGUUAUUUCUUUAUAUCAACGUAUUUGUAAAUGGAAUAUGAUAGAUGAUGAUAAAUUUAGGUCGUUUAAGGAUAGGAUCAUUUGUUUAGCGAUAUUGGGGCCAGGGUUUAUGAAUGUAUAUUGAAAAGUCACUGCCGUUUUACUAGGAAAGUUAAUAGAAAAUUCUCCAAUUUCUGCAUU